CCUAAAUGUUCACUCAUCCAAGGUAUUUCGCAUAGUAAGGUGCGUGUUGUGGACUACCUGAGGGACUCUACGAUCAAAACAAGACUCAAUAUUGUUUUUAUUGAAUAUAAGGCACCCAAAUUUAGUAAGGAUCUGUAGCGUUAUGUAAUCGUAACUUAUACAGAUAUGCAAGAAAACUGAAAAUGGUACAAUGAAACUGAAAAUUCAAGUGAAACAAACACAAUGAGUCACGUUUUAUCUGGAUUUUUUACUGCCGAGGUUGAACUAUAUUCUGUAUCUGAUAAAUAAGGAAAACGGAAGUCGGGUUUUCCAUUGAUUUCACUUGGUGAACAUGGGUCAUCUUGCCAGGAUGCAGACUGUGGUAUUGGUCACACUGUCUUUGGUCACACUGGUGACAGCCCUGUCAAGAGAUGUGCCCAAUGUGUGCUCAUCUCAGGCUACGGAGACCUAUUCAAGAACCGAGACAUAUAGCCAGCCAUAUACUUACCUGACUAUGACAUGGUGUUUAAACUGGCCUCCUAGAUGUACCAAAUAUAUAACUAAGUACAGAAUUGCCUACCGUGCCACCUACCAUACUCGUAUAAAGGAAGUGUUCCAGUGUUGCACAGGUUACAGGGAGGAGAGUGGCAGGUGUAUAGCUGUUUGUGCGAAUUCAUGUAAUCAUGGCACCUGUACAGCUCCCAACGUGUGUUCGUGUGAAUCUGGUUACCAAGGAGAUACAUGUGAUAGGAGUUGUGGGGCAGGCAAGUGGGGGCAUGAUUGUGCCUAUGACUGUCAGUGUCAGAAUGGUGCCACGUGUGACGUCAUGACAGGACAGUGUGCAUGUAGUCCAGGAUGGAGAUCAGCAGACUGCAGUCAACCAUGCGAAGCAGGGAAGUAUGGCGACCAGUGUUCCUCAACAUGUCGCUGUCAGAAUGGUGCUACAUGUGAUCCUGUCAGUGGCGCAUGCUUAUGUGCACCAGGAUACAUGGGCUCUUUGUGUGACACUCCUUGUCCAAGUGGCACCCAUGGGUCCAACUGCAGUGAGCAGUGUAGGUGCCAAAAUGGAGGCACUUGUGAUGUUACAGGACAGUGCACUUGUACUCCAGGAUGGACUGGUGAUGUGUGUGGGAAUCAGUGUCCUGAUGGUUACUAUGGUAAUGGCUGUAUGGCAUCCUGCAAGACAUGCUAUAAUGGUGGAACCUGUGAUCAUAUUACUGGGGAGUGCAGGUGCCCUGCAGGGUUCAUUGGAGAACAUUGUAGUGAGUCUUGUCCCAGUGGUUUCUAUGGCAUGAACUGUACGCAGCAGUGUGACUGUCAGAAUGGAGCCACCUGUGCGCUGGCGGAUGGCGCCUGUGUCUGUCCAGUGGGUUUCACUGGAGAAAAGUGCCAGACCAGAGCUUGUUCAGAGCAUCAGUAUGGAGUGAACUGUGCCCAUAACUGUACCUGUGUGACUGAGAACACUGAAAGCUGCCAUCCAACAGACGGUGCAUGUAGCUGUAAACCAGGCUACACUGGGCCUAAGUGCCAGAGGAUGUGUUCCCCGCCGUUCUAUGGAGAAGGGUGUGCCCAGUUGUGUCAGUGUAGCAAUGGCGGCUAUUGUAAUGCGGUGACAGGCGAGUGCAGGUGUCAGGAGGGGUUCAAAGGAGCACUGUGUGAAGAGGCAUGUCCAGAAGGAACAUUUGGAUUAAACUGUCUCCAGCAGUGUCAGUGUCUCAAUGGUGCAAAAUGUGACACAAGAUCGGGCAGAUGUCUUUGUGAGCCAGGAUGGAAGGGCCUAUUUUGCCAGGAGUCUUGUGACAGUGGAAAGUAUGGAGUGAACUGCUCUAGUGUAUGUGAGUGUCAGAACCAGGGUGGCUGUAAUGCUGUGACAGGAAGGUGUACUUGUACUGCUGGUUACAAAGGAUAUAGAUGUGAAGAAACAUGUGAGGCUCGAGGUUUUGGUCUAGAGUGUGCACAGACAUGUGACUGUAAUUGGAACAAUGCAGUAGGGUGUGACCCAGUGACUGGAGACUGCAUUUGUAAGACUGGCAUGGAAGAAUCUGUUAUAGGAGUACGAUGUGACAGCUCGUGUCCAAGUGGCAAAUGGGGCCCUAACUGCCAGAACAGUUGUGACUGUCAGAAUGCAGGAUCAUGUGACCCACAAAAUGGCUCCUGUCAGUGUAAGCCAGGCUGGACUGGGGCAGAUUGUUCUCAGACUUGCCCUCCCAAGUUCUAUGGCCUGAACUGUGCCUCACCUUGCCCUGGCCUCACACAGUGUCCCCACAGUAAUGGUACCUGUGAUCCUGUCACAGGGGAGUGUAUUUGUACAGCUGGAUACCAGGGUAUUAACUGUGAUACUUCCUGCCCUCCCACAAAGUAUGGCAUUGGAUGUACUGAGGAAUGUUCUUGUGAAAAUGGUGCUCCUUGUAACCCAGUGAAUGGUGAAUGUCUGUGUCUACCAGGCUGGGUGGGAACCAACUGCAUUCAGCGUUGUUCUAUGGGGAAAUAUGGCCUUGGUUGCACGAGUGAGUGCAUGUGUGUGAAUGGUGCCAAAUGCCAUGCCAUUGAUGGGUUCUGUGAAUGUCAGCCGGGGUAUAUUGGGCCUACUUGCUCAGAAGUGUGCCCUAGAGGGGUGUAUGGAAUUCACUGUAGUCAGACGUGUGACUGCCAGGUGCCUAAUACAAUAGACUCCUCCACCUGUGAACCCAUCAGUGGAAAAUGCUACUGUAAACAAGGUUAUGGCGGAGAUAGAUGUGAUGCAGUGAUCCUAGCCUCAUUGCAAAGUAGUGAAAAUGACCAAUCUGGUGCCAGUGGAUCAGCUGCAAUGGUGGGACUUGGAGUAGGACUGAUAUUACUGAUCCUUCUCAUUGCCGUGCUCAUCUUGGUACUAUAUUAUCGAAGAAAAGUUCAAAGACUGAAGCAAAGACGGGAAGACAGUGUUAUAUACACAGCUGCAUCUCUACCAGAUGGCGAUGUUACCUCUUCAAACUUUGAGAAUCCCAUGUACCAGACUGCCCCCGCCUUACCUCAGAGACAGAUCUCUAUGAACAACGCAGUGCAAAAUGGCUCAGCUGUACGAGUACAAAAUGAGAUAUUUACCAAGAAUUCAGUGAAUUUAGACAGGGAGAAGCUAGGAGAUUGUGCUGGGGCCUGUGGCGGAGCAGUAGACAAUCAGUAUGAAGAACCAGUGUCACUGAGAAGAAAGGGGAAUGUUAAUCAAACAGCAUACCACCGUUAUGAAGGACCCAAAAUUGCAGAAAAGCAACCUCUUUUAUGUUGGUCCAAUUUAGAUGAAAAUGACACACCAGUCAAAUUGAUGGAAAAGAAACUGAACAUUGAUCCAUAUCCGGAGGACACAGAGGAUAAUGAUAACCGCUUGAACCAUCAAUACUCACAGAUUGGCUUCAGGCCUGAGAGCAGUGCUUCCAUUGACGAUCAUGUGUAUGCUGACCCUUUUGAACUCGACUAUCAUCAAAAUCUGAAUGAGAGAGCUGAAAAUAUGUACAGCAACAUUCCCUCUGAUCAACCCAACACUUUUGCCAACAAUGGAGACAUCGAAGAAAGUACAAAUGCAUAGAUCAGCUAAACAAACAAUAUUUUCCAGUAUUUUCAUUCCUUUUUAUUGUGUCGAAGUCUGGCAGUUUGAUCUAGAAGGAUCAAUUUGCUGCUUUUCAUUUAAUAUAUCAGCAGUGGACAAAUGACUUGGGUGUUUCUAAAAGUACAUCUUAAUGUACAUUGGUAACAAAUACUUUUUAUACUGAGUACAAAGUACAACCCCUGUGAAGGAAAUUAUUCUGAAAUCUUUUUGAAAAGUUUAUAGGCAUUUUUCCACAUUGAGAAAUGUGACCUGCUGUGUUCAUCAAACACUUAAAUCUGUGCUGCCUAAUUUCAAAGUUUUUUUAUUUUUUUAUUUUUAAUUUCAAAGUCACACUUACUGUGAUCAAGAAGUCAUUUUGAGUUCAUGAUAACCACAUUCACAGCAUAUCUUAAGGGCAAUAUAUAAGGCAAAGUCUUCCAGUAUUAUAACUAGAAAAUAGUUUUAUAUAUCCUCUUCUAUGGUUUUGAAGCAGUAUUGUAUUUUUUAUAGAAUUUUGAAUUUCACCUUUGUGGCUAGGAAAUGUACAAACAGGAACUAACUGCUCUUAACUGUAUGAUCAUUUCCCAUACAAGAGCCAUUUUGUUUUUAUGCAUUUUUUAUUGGAGAAAAUAUUUGCUAAAAAGCCAUUCUAAAAUAUUUUGCCGUGGAAAGAAGUACACAUAUCAUAUGUCAUUUAGGGUAAUUUUAUGCAUUAUUCGAAUGUAUUGUGCAUCUUCCCUUACUAGAAGUUUGUACUCAUUUCGUACUUGCAACUGUAUUGUUUAUUGUUAUCAAUUCAAAUGGAGUGGCUUGAAAAAGAGUACUUAAUAAAACGAAAGUCUCAUUGGAAGACACAAGAUGGUGCAAUAUGUUUCUGAAAGCUACAUUGUUUGUGAUAAAGAUUUUCUGGCUCAUCUCUAUAGAAAGCUAACAUGUCUGUAUAUUUUGAAGAUGUUGGUGCUCUUUUUGAUACCUAGUAAUUAAUUAAAAUGGUGUACUUUUAAAAAUGCAUGGUAGUUCAAGUGUAAGAUAAUAAUUGAAUUUGCAUUGUGAGCCAGAGGCUUGCGCUUUUUAUUUGGGCUUGAAGUAUGGAUUUUGGGAAGUUGAGCAGUGUCACUUGAGCGAAUGUCUGCAACCUGAAUAGUGGCAAUAUUCUGAGUAAUCUUGUGGUAGCAUAUCAACACAGUCUCAUUUGUUUACACAUACAUUGAAUGAGAAAAUAAGUCGACUUAUCAAACAGCUUAAUGUUUAGAGACUUAAGGCCAUUUUACUACUUAUUUAGAAAAAUGCUCUACAAUUUUAGCAUUGAAUAUUAUUUGUAUUAUAUUUAAUCACUAGCACCUGGACAUAACAACGACUGGCCAUUUUCAUUUUUUGUCAAUGCCUGGUUUCAAUAAAAGAAAAUAUUUUGGA